AUGACCGAGGUGAUGGACGAGAUCCCCGUGGCAUCUGGAACGAGACCGCAAAGCAUAGUGGCGCCGCACGGGACGCCCACUGAGCCCCUUGCUGAGCACAACGAGCACUACGAGUCCUGUCAGUCCGAGACGGACGAAGGGAUCAACGACACUCACGACAGCGAGGACGUGGUGAGCGGAACCGAGGUGAGCGCCUAUCUUGCUGGGAAUGGAGGGCACGACGAGGAUUUCGCCGAGACCUUCGCCCGGGAGGCGCGCAUUGACGAGAACUUCUCCUAUGGCAUGCUCGAGGACGUCCUGAACAAGUAUGACCUUGCUGGAAAGAGAUUGCGCCGUGAGAGGGUGCAUGGGAGCGGGGCUAAUAGGAGCAUGAGUCGGACUAUCCUGGGGCACUACAACUAUGCCACGAACCGAGGCAUCACCCGCAACUCCCUGAAGUACCCGAACCUCGUCCGGUACCUGAACGCUUUCAUCCACGACAAGUGGGGGGCUCUGUCGGACAGACCACUCUCAUGGAGUUCGCUUGCCCUACUGCACAACGUAAGCUCCAGCAUGCAUGUUGACGCUCACAACUUACCCGGCAGCGAAAACGGGGUGGUCAGCGUCGGGAACCACGUGCAGGGCGGGCUCUGGGUGGAGGAAUCAGGAGGUGGAGUUUGGCGGCAACGACCCAAUGGGGAGCCGGUCGAGGGCAUCAUCCUGGACACCAACAAGAAAUUCGCCGUGUUCGACCCCAAGAAGCACCACGCCGGAGAGCCAUGGAAAGGGAACAAAUGGACACUCGUCGCCUACACCACCCGCAGCAUCAACGAGAUAUCCCCCUCCGAGAGGAACUUUCUAGUCAAGCAGGGGUUCCCGGUGCCUUCUAAGCGCGAGGUACAGAUGAUCAAGGAGGAGGGUCACAAGAAGGCCACGGGCGCUGCCGGCGCUAAGCCUUUCCCUCGGCGCAGUGUGCGAAAAGGCUUGUGGCGGAAGGCGGCUUCCUUGAGCGUCUUUCUGAGCACGCUCGCCUCCGUCAUCAGCGGUGGACAUGGUCUUCCCGAGGUGAUCAAAACCGAUUCGACAACAAGGGCGGCGCUGUUGGAGAUUGGUGGCGUCGAUGUGACGUGCUUGGCAGCGGAAUGCAUCGGCAAUGACUUCCACGUCGCAGAACCUCUUCUUUGGGAGGACACUGUCACAUCGUGCACAAGAGGCAGUACCUCAAACCCGGGCCUUGAGAUCGCGGAGGUGCUCGAACGAGAACGUCCUGGAGAAGUGUGGGUGCAUGUGACCGACGCGCUGCCGCCGGACUUCCUGGACGUCGUUUCUGCGACCGCUCGGGAUCAGGUCACUCGGGGCGCAGCGGUUGUGCUUCAGAACGAAACCACGAAUGAAGCGAAAUGGGCGAGACUGCGAGACUCGAUCAACAGCGAGGGCUACGUGGUCGACGACAUCACCGAAGAGGAUGGUGUGGAAACCUUGCGGAUAGUGAAGGGCGAGGACAUGAGCGUCUUCGUCGCGGAGCAUGGCGCAACCGGCGGGGCCGACGAGGACGAGUACCGUGGCGGUCGUGGGAUUUCUUUUCCGAAGGGGACGCCUAGCCACAUUGCGACAGGGCUACGGCGUUUGCACCAAAACCUCGGACAUCCCAGUGCUGCCGAUUUCGUCCGACAUCUUCGUCUUGCCGGAGCAGGAGCAGAGACACUGAAGGCCGCAAAGGGAUUGUCAUGCACUACCUGCACACGAUGUCGUGCACCAGCGAUCGCGAAGCCCGCCAAGCUCGGCAACAUCAUGAACUUCAACCAGGCCGUCGGGGUCGACCUACUGUAUGUGCACGACACGAAGGGGAAGAAACACGAGAUGUUGUCAAUGAUAGACUUCUCCUCGGCAUACCAUGUUGUGGUUCCCGUUCCCCGAAAGAACGCCGGAGCACUCGAAAGGGCUUACUGUGAUGCAUGGCUCAACGUGUUCGGGGCGCCGUCAACACUUGUGGUCGACCUGGAGAACGGGCUGCAGAAGGCACUGGCGAAGGUGAGCGAUUGGACUGGCACGCGCAUCAGGAACAUAGCCGGCCAGGCACACUGGCAGGCUGGCUUCACCGAACGUCAGGGCGGAGUAUGGAAGGCGAUCUUUCAUCGUGUCUGCGAGGAUCUCAGCAUCGAUGGUGAUGACGUUCGCAUCGCCGUGGCAGCCACCUCCAAUGCGAAGAACGAGCUUCGCCGCCUUAAUGGUUUCUCGCCUACACAACAUGUGUUCGGGUCGUCUCCAAAGUGUCCGGAGGACCUGCUCGAUGGCCCGCAUGCACAAGAUCCCGAGGACAUUGUCAUCGUUCAGGACAAGCAUGCUCGAGAAGUGGCGAUCCGAACAGCGGCGCGGGCUGCUUUUCAUCAUGUACAAACCGAUGAUCGUGUCCGACGAGCCCUACAUGGACGAGCACGAGUACAAGCGCGACCUCCUGAAGUCGGAGAACAAGUGUUCUUCUUCCGGAAGCUGAAGAAUGCCAAGCGAGGGGAAUGGCGGGGACCGGCCACCGUCAUCGGUGUCGAACAUGGCAACUACUGGGUGUCAAGAGCAGGAAGAUGUCUCCUAUGUGCACCAGAACACCUUCGCGUUGCAACCGGGGAAGAGCUUGGGGAGGCAUUCAGCCUACGAACCGCUCGAGAAGAGCUCGAAAAGCUCCUGGAGGGCGACUACGACGACCCCGAGAAUUUCGCACCCGACGACACCGAUGAGGACGUUGGACCCCUCCUUGACGAGAUGGAAUGGACCGGUGAAGAUCACGGAGACGACAAGGAGGGAAUCGACCUCGACAACGAAGAUGAACAGGAAGGUGGUCACCGGGGGUAUCGCCGUGAUCGGGAACCUGAAGCAAACCCCGCGGUCUCGAAGCGGAUGCGCCAGAAGGGACCUCCCCGACAAGACGUGGGCAUUCAUGGCGUGCACAUGCUACGAAAGGCAAAGACUGCCCGGUCGAGAGAAAAACAGUUGGAGAAAGAGAUCCCCUGGGCGAUGAUCCCGGAGGAAAAACGUCCCGAAUUCCAUCGUGCCGAACAAAAACAGUGGGGCGAACACCUUUCUCACGAGGCGAUCCAAGUCUUGACCUUGGAGGAGAGUGAGGAGGUGAUCAAGCGGGUGGAUCCAAGUCGGAUCCUCCCCUCCCGUUACGCCUACAAGGACAAAAAUUUCGGGAGGCGCCGGGCUGGGAAGACGGAGGAAUGGAAAGCAAAGGCGCGGCUAGUUAUAGCCGGACACCUUGACCCGGACCUCCUCGACAAGGGCCUCGUCACCGAUUCUCCUACAGUCUCACGGGCUGCCCUGAUCAUGCUGUUGCAGAUCUGCGUGUCGCGUGGAUGGCAUGCAGCCGCAGGAGACAUCCAAGCAGCUUUUCUCAACGGCCUGGCAAUCAAGAGGGAGCUUUACAUGCGCCAACCGCGCGGCGGGGUGCCUGGCCUGCACCCGCAACAACUGGUGCGUGUCCUCAAGGGCAUAUUCGGCCUUACCGAAUCGCCGCGUAUGUGGUACGACAGGCUUCGCCAGGUCCUCCUCGGGCACGUGUUCUAUGUUGGAGACAAACCUUGCAGACUGGCUCAAUGCCCGCUGGACGCUUGUGUGUUCUUUCUCCAGGAAGAUGGCAAGGAGGAACCCCUCGGAUACGUGGCGGUCCACGUCGACGACGUCAUCCUGAUUGCCCCAUCCGAGGUGAACCUGAUGCUGCAGGAGGAGCUCAGUAAGUUGUUCCCGGUGGACGGGUGGGAAAACAACUUCUUCGAUUACAUCGGGUCCCACGUCGCGGUCGAGGAGAACGAGAUCACCAUCACGCAGACCGGGUUCGUGGAUGGGCGCCUCUUCUCGAUACCCAUCGAAAAGGGACAAGAAGGUCAGGAGCCAGCAACAGAGGAACAAGCCAUCGACAACCGAUCCCUCGUCGGGGCACUUUCGUGGCUUGCUUGUCAGAGUCGGCCUGACCUACAGUGCGGAGUGGCUUUAGCUCAACAACUGCAGAAAGCCCCUCUCGUGGACGACAUCCGCUUCACGAAUUCCCUCGCCAAGAAGGCCGAGAACCACAAGAACGAGGGCAUAGUGCUUCGGAAGGUGAGCCUCGACGACGCGGUCUUCGUCGUCUUCCAUGACGCUGCCUGGGCCAACGCCGUCGACGACGAGGAAGAGGCGUGGUACCGUCUGACACCCGAGGAGAAUGAGCAGGGGACUAUGAAGGAGGGUCCCUACGCAGGCGGACGAGUUCGAAAGGCAAAGCGGUCCCGCUCGUGCGUGGCCUCCCAGAUUGGACAAGUGAUCAUGAUGGCCCCGUCCGGAAUCCUGAGGGGUGAACAUGUGAAGCCAAGCCUGCUUGAGUGGAGGAGCCAGGCAUGCAAGCGGGUGUGUCGGAGCACCUUCGGAGCAGAGACGAUGUCAUGCGCAGAAGGCAUGGAGGGCGGGCAGUUCAUCCGAGCACUCUUCGCGACCCUGGUCUGUGGGCAUUUGGUCCGCCUGGAUGGUGCCCGCCAGAAAUGGCCGCUCGUGUGCUUCUCCGACUGCAAGUCGCUACAUGAUCACCUCCAUCGCACUGGACCCCCUCGUGUGGCAGCCGAUCGGAGGCUAGCCAUCGAUCUCGCUGCAAUCAGACAAGAACUACGCUUGGAGCAAUGGGGGGAAAGAGUGCCGCUCCAAUGGGUGCCAACAGCCGCGCAGAUGGCAGAUCCCCUCACGAAGCCCAUGAAGUGCGACACCUGGUGGGAGAUGAUCCGCAAAGGGAUAAAGUCAUGGGGCUUCCCGAAGUCCUUUGCCGGGGUGUGGUCGCCAGAGUCACUCCGCUUCUACAGCGACCAGAAGCUGAAAGGGAACGAGCACUCCCCGAACGGACAGGAUUUGCACCGCAUGGGCGGCGACAUUGUUUUGGAUGGCAAUGGCCAGGUGGCCUUGGCCCACUACUCCAAGUCGACACAGGACCGGCCGGAUGUGGAGGAGGUCUUGCUGCCCCUGCUGCGUGCGUUGCCAUCCGCGGAGCACGGCGCGGCCAGUGCCGUGCAGCUUUCGAGGAAAGCUGCUUUGGUGACGAUGGUGCUGCUUCUCCUCCUCAAGGCCCUUUCUUAUAGAUAUGGAUGA